CUUCUAUGUAGAUUUAUCUGUUUGGGGGUUUUCAGUGAUAACUAGUGAAUUAUUCUCAAUAUGAAUAAGUUAAUAACACUCUUGUUACUUACGUGGUGUGUCAUAGUUCAAAGUGAACCGCCAGUUAAUUCGUAUUUGCCACCAAACGGAAAUGAUGGUUAUCCAGCGAGUACUUAUGGGCCUCCUGGUUAUACACCAGGAAGACCAAUAAAUGGUAACGGUAAUGGCAAUGGAAAUGGUAACGGAAACGGCAAUGGAAAUGGUAAUGGAAACGGCAAUGGCUAUCCAGCCCCGCCUCCAGUGUAUGGACCACCAACUAACGGAAAUGGUAAUGGAAACGGUAAUGGAAAUGGUAAUGGAAAUGGUAACGGAGGUAGAGACCUGAACGGUGACCAAAGACCUGGAACUAGCUAUUUGCCACCUAACGGUAAUGGCAAUGGUAACGGCAACGGAAAACCUGGUCCCUCAUAUUUACCUCCAAGUGCAACAUAUGGUGUUCCAAAUGGUAACGGUAAUGGUAAUGGUAACGGAAAAUCAAACGGUAAUGGAAACGGCAACGGCAAUGGAAGGGGAAAUGGAAACGGUAAUGGUAAUGGAUACAGUAACGGCAAUGGAAACGGUGGACCACCAGCACCUGUGUACGGACCACCUACAAAUGGAAAUGGUAAUGGAAAUGGCAAUGGAAAUGGCAAUGGUCGUCCCCCACCGGUAUAUGGCCCACCAAAGAAUGGUAAUGGUAACGGCAACGGUAAUGGUAACGGAAAUGGCAAUGGAAAUGGAAGACCAGGACCUUCAUAUUUGCCACCUAAUGGUAAUGGAAACGGAAAUGGGAAUGGAGCACCACCUCCACCAGUCUACGGUCCCCCAAAGAAUGGUAAUGGCAAUGGUAAUGGCAACGGCAAUGGCAAUGGUAAUGGCAACGGCAAUGGCAACGGAAACGGAAGACCUGCGCCCACAUAUGGAGCUCCAGUAAAUGGAAAUGGUAACGGUAAUGGAAACGGCAGACCAGGUGGCAGCUACUUGCCCCCAAAUGGUAACGGUAAUGGAAAUGGUGGGGGAAGACCAGGUUCUACUUACGGACCUCCGAAUGGAAAUGGUAAUGGCAAUGGAAAACCACCAAGUCCAAUGUACGGGCCCCCACAAAAUGGUAAUGGUAACGGAAAUGGGAAUGGAAAUGGAAACGGAAAUGGUAACGGAAAUGGCAAUGGAAAUGGAGGAUAUCCAUCUAAUGGGAAUGGUGGAUACCCAUCAGGAGGACCAAAUGGUUAUGGUGGUGGAGAAGAAGAAAGCACUGAACCAGCGAAGUACGAAUUCGAAUACCAGGUAACUGAUGAGGAGAGCGGCAACGAUUUCGGACAUAAGGAGCAAAGGGAUGGUGAUUUAACCACAGGCGAGUACAAUGUCCUGUUGCCAGAUGGCAGGAAGCAAAUAGUAACUUACGAAGCGGAUCUCGACGGUUACAAACCAGUUGUUACCUACGAAGAAACUGGAAAUGGUGGAUAUCCCAGUGGAGGACCAAAUGGAAAUGGAAAUGGAUAUCCGUCGAACGGAAAUGGUAAUGGAAAUGGAUACCCUUCAAAUGGAAAUGGGAAUGGGAACGGAAAUGGGAGAAACGGAUAUUCUUAUUAAUUGUUUUGAAUUCGCUCUGUUUUCGAACACUAUAUUAACGAUAAUCAAUGAAUCAGGUAUAUGCGACAAUUAUGUUGAAUUUUAAAAAUGUAUAGAAAUCCAAAGUACAAAAGCUUAAAGCCAUGUCUCAAUAAACCAUUUUUUAUACUCGCAAACUAGUAACAUUUUGUUUAGCUCAAAUGUUUGUGUAUAUGUAUAAAAUUAACGUAGUAUUGUAGAAGUAGUGAGAAGAAUGGUAGUCACUAAAAUGUAAAAUCAGAUGAGCAUCGAAAAAAUCAUAAAAAAUAUUUAAUUUGAAGUAAUCACACAAUAACCAUUUUAAAAUAGAAUUUAAAUAAGAAUUAUCCAUUACUUAAACCAUAAAAAAGUGAAACCACGUUUUAAACGGAUUAUUUGUGAUUAAUUUCAUUUGCAGC